AUGAGUGCUUCUGAGAUCGAGUAUCCGUUUGAUCCUGAACCAUGUAGGGGAAACAACCCUUUACAAAAGAGGAAAACUAAUUCUUCAGAGAAAGUUCAUUCGCGAUCAGACAAAAGGAUGCAAAGUGUUACAUCUGGUAAGCUCAUAAUAUCUUACAAUAAAAGGUAUUUCACCCCAGAGGAAUGGAGGAGGGUUCGCGCUUAUUAUGCUGAUCACUGUAAGCAUCCCUCAUUUGCUACGAAAAUAUGUCCAUCCUUUGAAGAGUCCAAGUUUGCUAUGGAUAUACCAAAAACAUUUGCACACAAAUUCUUGCACAAUGAGCCUUGCCCUAGCACAUUCAACCUUCAAACAGAUACCGGAAAAGCUUGGCCAGUGAGGAGUUGUGCCUCAGUUGGUAACUAUGGUAAGACUAAUAUGAAGUUGAUGGGCGCAGGAUGGAGAAAAUUUGCAUUAGGUAACAACUUGAAAGCUGGCGAUAUCUGCAUCUUUGAGUUGAUCAAGAAACAAGAGUUCAAAGUUCACAUAAUUCGUGUUCCUUAUGCUAAGGAAAAACUCGAAAACAUACCAGUAAUAAUCGAAGUUGAAUCAGACUAA